AGCAUCUAUUCCCACACUAGGUCAUAACUGGUGCGGUGUUCACAAUAUACUGCUCAGGUUUCAUUUUGAUAUUGAUAUUUGACGAGAAUUGUUAAAAUGAAGAGAAUACUAUUUUGUUUCUUAGCAACGCUGUGUACACUUGUAUUAGCGGCACCAAGUGACAAUAGUUUUGUAGUGGCUUCCGAAGAAAAAUCAAAGGAAAAUGAGAAAGACGAUGAAAAUGUUUCUGGUUCUAAACAACCGAUAAUCUAUGGCAUGGACAUAAAAUCAAAUGUUUCCAAUCGAUUCGCAAAAACUCUAGUGAUUAGCAAAGUUAGAAAUCCGGAUACGAAAGCAAAAGAGGCAACCUUUACAGUUGUUCUACCGGAGAAAGCUUUCAUUUCAGAAUUCGUGAUGGAGAUUGGAGGAAAGAGUUACAAAGCCUAUGUAAAGGAGAAAGAAGAAGCGAAGCAAGAUUAUGAUAGGGCCGUUGCCAGUGGUCAAAGCGCUGGGCAUGUUGAAGUUAGUGCAAGAGAUUCCAACAGAUUCACCGUGUCAGUCAACGUUGAACCUGAAGCGAAAGCAGUUUUUCUUCUGACAUAUGAGGAACUUUUGGAAAGAGAACAUAAUCAGUACGAACUUGUACUGAAUAUACAUCCCGGGCAAAUAAUCAAAGAUUUGAAUGUAGAGGUGUUGGUGAAUGAAAGCCGUCCACUGAAAUUCGUCAAAACCCCUUCUCUGAGGUCAGGAAACGAAGUGAGUAAAAAUGAUGAAAAACUCAAACCAUCGUCCGAAAUAGAGAUAAUCAACUCCACCAGUGCUGUUGUAAGGUUCCAUCCUGACGCCCAGCAGCAGAGACAAUUUGCUAAAGAACUGGGAGUGAAAGAAAAUGAAGGCAUUUCUGGGCAGUUCGUUGUACAAUAUGAUGUUGAAAGAGAUCCCAGAGGUGGAGAGAUAUUACUUCAAGAUGGAUAUUUUGUUCAUUUCUUUGCUCCUGAAGAUUUGGAACCACUUCCCAAACAAGUUGUUUUCGUUUUGGACACCAGUAGUAGCAUGAGCGGAGAGAAAAUACAUCAGCUGAAAGACGCUAUGAACAGUAUAUUGGACGAAAUUCGAGAGGGAGAUGUUUUCAACAUAGUUGAAUUCAACAGUGAUGUUUUUGUUUGGGAUAUCGAAACAGGAAAUAGUAAGACGGUUGAAGUAAACAAUAUUCAGGACCCGUUUGAAGAUCUACUGAAAAGCGAAUUACCACCUGCCAUAAUCGCUAACAAUGAAACGUUGAAGAAAGCAAAGAAUGUUAUCGAAAAAAUCAGAAGUUGGGGUGCUACCAACAUUAUAGGUGGACUGGAAACUGGGCUCCAUCUGGUUAAAGUUAAUACGAAAUAUGAAUCCACGAAAGAGAAAAAACAUCAACCAAUGAUUGUUUUUCUGACAGACGGUCAGCCAAAUGUUGGUGAAUGGUCAACUGACAAAAUUACAGAAAUUGUAACAAGACUGAAUGAAGAAGUUCCCAUAUUCUCCUUAUCUUUCGGAGAAGGUGCUGACAAGAGCUUUUUGAGGAAGUUAUCUCAAAAAAACUUCGGCUUCUCAAGACAUAUUUAUGAAGGAUCGGAUGCUUCUCUUCAGCUACAAGAGUUCUACAAGCUUAUAUCUUCUCCUCUAUUAUCGAAAGUGAAUUUCAAAUAUAAUGAUAAUGUCACAGAAGUAACCCAGAGCCAUUUUCCAAUAUUUUUCAGAGGAACUGAGUGUGUGGUAUCUGGACGAAUCAGAGGGCCGGAUCUCCACCCAGUAGUAGAAGCUCAUGGUUUCAAGGGUGAAAUCAGGCUAAUUCCUAAAGCAGAAACUCCAAUAACCUCUUUAGAGAGACUAUGGGCGUAUCUCACAGUGAAACAAAAGUUGAAACAACGCGAAACCGCUGAAAACAAAACCCAGUUGACUAAAGAAGCUCUUGACCUGGCUCUGAAAUAUUCAUUCGUUACUGAAGUCAGUUCGUUGGUUGUAGUUAAGCCUAAUGAAACAGCAGCAGUUGAUACUGAGGAUGCUUCAGUCUCCAAUCCAGAACGUCCAGUUUUCCAUUCAUUUGGAGUUCCCAUUCAGCCAAGUGGUUCAUACCCUAUGUUGGCAAGCGUAAGUGGAGGAUAUCCGGGUGCAGCUGGAUUUGGUGGAGGAUAUGCAGCUCGAUUGCCUCUUCCACAAAAUCGUAUAUAUUCAUCAGCAUUAGCUCCAGAUACCAGAUAUCAACUCACAACACCAUUUUUACCUGAUGGAUGGGGGCAACCUGAUGCCUUAGAUAUCACAAAGGAUGACGAAGAGGAAUCAGUUCCAACUUCAAGUUUGGAAGACUCAUUACCGUGGCUAAAUGAUGUUUUGGAUGCCAACAAAUCUCUCAAUAUAUCUGGAGUAAUCUACGAUAUCGGCAAAAAUGCUACAGUUCCUCCUGGCCUUGAUUGUCCAAAAACACCUGAGAAUGGAACCAUUCCCGGACAAUGUACACUUCUGAAGGACUGUCCUGAGGUGUUCACGUACUUGAUAGAUUUCCAAGUCUAUCUUCAAUAUUUCUGUCCUUUGGAAACGACGUUCGCUGGAGUCUGCUGCCCAAAAAAAAAGUAGUUUAGGUAAAAAUUGUUUUUUCUUACUACUUGAAUAAUAAACUUGGUGCAGUAGUUAA